AUGUCAAGAAAACGAAGUGGCAACGCAUCGGAAAUUCUACUGCCUGAGGCCACACCAAACAGCACUACACCCAGACCACGAACCAAACGCAACAUCCUCAUCUUUGCCAUCAUAUCCUUUCUGACCAUUGGCUCGAUCCUUCUGGCUCACACUCAGGGCCAUGAGCCGUACACAGCUGAGGAUGGCGCUCGCGGCGGGAGAUAUCUGCUUCAUCCUGAGGCUCACGUUGACCGGCAGGCGACUACCAUAACGCUUGGCUGGACUGUCACUUCUGGUCUACGUCGACCGGAUGGUGUGCUGAAGCAUGUCUACCUCAUCAAUGGCGUGUUUCCAGGACCGACCAUCGAAGCACGAUCUGGCGACCGAGUGGUUGUCAAGGUGAAGAAUGAGCUCGUGGAUGAAGAACUGUCUCUCCACUGGCAUGGUCUCUCUAUGCGUGGAUGGAAUGAUCAAGAUGGAGCUGUUGGUAUCACUUCUAGCCCAAUCACUGCAGGAGACAGCUUCACGUACGACUUCAGAAUCGAAGAUACGCAGCAUGGCACAUUCUGGUAUCAUGCACACUCGGCGGUCCAACGAGCAGAUGGCCUGUUCGGUGGCUUGGUCGUUCACAAGCCUCGAUCUCGGGGUAGCUCACGAUCGUUGCCUGCAGAGCACCUUGUCAUUGUUCAGGAUUGGUAUCAUAGAACCGCUGGCGAAGCACUCGAGUUCUACACCCACCUAGGAGGGUUCGGUAACGAGCCUGUCCCGGACAGUAUCCUUGUCAAUGGUCGGGGCGCUUACAACUGUUCGGAUGCCGUUCCCGCGCGGCCACUGGACUGUGAACCAAUCGACGAUCGAGAUGCUACCAUUGAGCUCGACAGAAAUCGCGAGAACGUGUUACGAGUUAUCAAUGCUGGUGCAUAUGCAGGUAUCGGGCUGUCGAUCGAGAACGUGGUGCUCAAGCCUUUGGCUGUUGACGGCGGUCAUGCUGUUGUUGGCACUGCGGCGAGCCGUGUCAAGUUCUUACACCCUGGCGAGCGCGUCAACGUCCUUGUCGAGCCAACAAUCAUUGGUGACAGCCAUUUGGAAGUGACCCUCGACUCGUCUACCUUCAAUUAUCCGAACCCUGCAUUGACGCCAGUCCACCAUUUCCCAGUCCUUGCAUACGGUAAACCUAAGCAACGAAGAGCCGGCAUACAGAAAGAGGAGAUGAAUCUACAGGCGCUCACCUCAUCGCCUGCAAGCUCCAACAUCCUUCCCAGCCAAGCAGACAUGACGUUCGUGCUGUACUCCAUCACGCAAAAGCUGGCUCGGCUGGACAACGUGCCCCAUGGCUUCAUCAAUAAUACCUCUUGGCGGCCACAAUUAUCACCACUGAUUACUAUGGAUCGUGCUCUGUGGGACAAGCACCAAUUUGUGCCACAUAUACCAUAUAACGAGUCCUCACCGAAGUGGGUUGACUUAGUACUAAACAAUUUGGACGAAGAGUCUCACCCUUUCCAUCUACAUGGAAACGACUUUUAUGUCUUGUCGAAAUACAGCUCGUCGUGGAACUGGGGUUCAUACAACCCUUAUGAACAAGACCAACCUCCUGGUGGCUCAUACGACUUCGAAAGUCCCUUGAAAAAAGACACAGUGCUAGUACCGAGAAGGGGAUACGCAGUGCUGCGAUUCCGAGCAGAUAACCCUGGGAUAUGGAUGUUACACUGUCACGUCAUGUGGCACCUAGCCACUGGUAUGGCUAUGGCUUUCGAAGUAUCCUGA